UACCAUAUGCAGCAACAAAUCUCAUCUGAUAAUAAGGUUUUAGCAAUAAUAUUAUACUCUGAUGCAACUUCAUUAGACUGUUUAGAAAAAAGCUCAAGACAUUCAAUAUAUAUUAGCUUAGAUAAUAUUCUAAUGAAAUUUCAUAAUAAACCUAAAGCCAAGGUGCUUGUUGAUAUAAUGCCAACAUUAUAA